AAGUCUUUUGCAGUUGCCCUCAAUAAUAUGGCGUUUGGUAAAAUGACCGACGAAGAUGUGCAAUUGAUCAAGUCCAGGGAAGUCGACAGUAUUGACCAAAUUCCUGAAGACACUAUGCAUUUAUUUUGCACCAAUGCAGAAGUAGAUGCAUUCAAUGAAAUGAAACUGUCUACAUUUAAAACCGAGCGAGCCGUAGAUGCCAAAUAUAUGAUUUCAAUGAAUGUGGACACCAGUGAUGGAAUAGUCAAUGGUGCAACAGGCAUCCUACGUCAAAUAGACUAUGACCGAAAUAAAAUUCCAUUCAGAGUGUGGAUGAAGUUCUUCGAUUCCAAGUCAGGCCAGGAAUGCCGCAAGAGAAACGAAUCCCUUAAGAAGUCUAUGGGUGUGUUAUACACCUGGACGCCCAUAGAAAAAGCUGCACGAGCUAUUAAAGUUUAAAAAGGCAGCAAUGUUCACGUUGAGCGUCUUCAGUUUCCUCUUGUAAUCAGUGAAGGAAUUACA